CGUCACUCGCGACGGAAGGAAUGCAUAGGCCUGUUCAUUUGACGUCGUUUCUUUUUUCGGCUUGACAUUAUUCACAAUCUCAUUAUAUUCAUUGCAGUCACUCUGCGCUAGCGCACCACUGCCAACUGCCGCUACCACUGCCAUCCAGGAUAAAAAAUAAGCACCUUGGUCUCUCCCACACACCCCCGAUGCUCGAGCAGGUGCGGCUGGUUCUCAUCGCAUUUGCCAUCGGCUACCUCUCUCGACAUUUCAAUCCGCUCAACUGGGGCCAAAUCAAAGAGGUCGUUCUAAACAAACUAGGCCAACUCUCGCCCGCACUCCUUGCGCUUCUCGGCGUUCUGGUCACUAUCGCCUCGCUCUUCCUGCUUCUCUGGCCUCUGGAAAAAAUCGCCGACUGGGAGGCCCGACGCAGCAGCGGAUACAAAUACCGGACGUCUGCUAGAGAGCACCUCAAACGCCGCGGCAGCUUCUAACUUUAUUAUAUUCCUAUUUACAAAAUGACCACUAUGGACGCGCCGAGUUCGGGCCAGCAACCCGGGGAAGAGCUGGUGUUCAAGAUAUUCUGGCCCAUGCACCUGUGCAAACCGCUCAACGAGAGUGGAUACCUGGUCGGAUGGAACCUAGGCACUGCCGGCAUUGUGGUUGCCAGCAAGGCGUCAUAUGCCAAUGCCGCACAGGUGUCUACGUACUUGUCCGAGUUUCACCAGUCACUAUCAUCAGACCCUGAUUCCACAGACCCGACAAGCCCGCCUGCUGCUCGAGGAAUUUGCGACCGGCGCUUUUGGACGCAGCUGGACCAUCCACCGCCCCUGCCACCUCGCAUUGUUGGGUAUCUGAGCCGCGAGGGCGAGGGCCUUUGCGAGCCCGACGCCCGCGAUUCCAGCUACAUUUGGAUCGAGGCAUUCACUGCACGCAAACAGGUUGCAUUUCGCUCCAUCCAGUCGUUUGGCACCGCAGUCCCUGCCCGCAUCAUAUUGUUUCUCUAUGAGGAGAGCGUCGGGGAGCCCUGGCAUUUUUACUCUGCCUCACCAAUCAUUCUCGAUCUUACUACUUUGCUGGCCGGCGACUGCCAUGAGUACGCUGCAGUACCCGGGGACCACAGCGGCCCGACCUUGCAGCGCGUGCUGGACCACACCAAUGCCGCCGGCCAGGUGUAUGCCCACCUGGAGGGCGGCAUCGGUGUUGUUAAUGCUGAUGAAACAAGCGGCUUGCGGAAACUCAUAUGUGAUACUUUAUUCACAGACCCUGCUGCCCACACGCUUGGGCAGGUGCGGGAGUCAGCCUCAGCAGCUGCCGCCCGGUUGUGCGGCUCACUCCUUGUUUUAUCCACAUACUUGCUGAACGCUCUGGAGCUGAACCUGCUGGGCGCGCGGUUCAAGGACCUCUCGGCUGUUGGGCAGCAGCUCAACCUGAUCGUGCGCCGGGCAUCCUAUCUGAUUGAGCAGUGGAAUGCCUCGUACUACACCCGGCGACCAGUGCAUGGGGCACGAAGACACAACGCGCAAUUUGUGAGCUUUUGGAAUAGCGCUUGGGUCAUUGCCCUGGAUCUCCUGAUCGGCUGCUUUCUAGGAAUUUACUUGGUUGUGUAUUCCCAAUGGGUGAGCGAGUUCGUUGUGACCAACCUGCGCCUGCACACGGUGACUUCGUUGGAGCAGACUAUCGAUUGGCUGCGCAAGUGGCCGGCGGGACUGAAGCUCAACAAUGGCCUGGAUGGAUUCCUGGCGGAGCUAUUCCUGUGGCUCAUUCAUUUCUGGACCGUCAUCUUCCAGCCAUUCACCAAGUGCCUGCGCGCUGUGGUCAUUAUUGCUGGGUGGUCAGGAUUUCUUGGCGGAUGCUCCAUGCAGCUGGCCAUUCUGUCUGACACUCUGGCCCUGACCACUCUGCACACAUAUUGGUUCUACAUCGUCGCCACGCGCAUAUUCCACUGGCAGUUGGUUACCCUGUACUCCUUGUUCAACCUGUUUCGUGGGCGCAAGCACAAUGUUCUGCGCAACCGCAUCGACAACUGUGACUACGACCUGGACCAGCUGCUCAUAGGGACUAUUCUCUUCACCCUGCUCACGUACCUGUUCCCAACAGUGCUCGUGUACUAUGUCAUGUUUGUCAGCCGCCGCCUAGUCGUGAUCAUGGCUCAGGGUCUGUUGGAGAUUUUGCUUGGUAUCCUGAACCACUGCCCGAUAUUUUAUUUUUUUCUGCGUCUGCGCGACCCGCGGAUGUUCCCCGGAGGCGUGUCCUACGAUGUAAAUAGCAAGUACUCGCGGAGAUUUAUCGAGGCCGCCUGGGACCUGCCCGGCGCCCCAGUGAGACUAUCGAGGGACCCCAUUCCGCUGUCGGCGAGGAACCGUAUAAACGUGACAGUUGUGCAGAUGGACCAGGUGGCAAUGCCAUUUUCGGCAAUUUUCUUCCAGUAUUAUCACAUCUGGGCUCAGUUUAGCGCCAGCUACCUGUCCCUGAGCCUGCUGCGGUCUUUGGUACUCGGAAAUGUUGUAAGGCCGGUCCCGCGACUACAGCACUCGAUGAUUCCUGGCCUGUCUUCAACGAGCAACUUGCUAGCGGAGGGUGCCGGGUUUGAACAAAGGCCAAAUGGCACUUCCCGAGCCAAAAACUGAUUAGCGCUUUUUAAUAUUCGGUAAAUCACAAUUGUGUUAUAAUUGAUCAGCCGUAAUUAUUUGCCACUUCCGGCUAAUAAUUGCCGUACAAUGUGUA